ACACAACGACAACGACAACGACCAAAAAUGCUGUUUUCGUUUGGAUCGAAUGGAAAUGGACAGCUCGGGAUCGGACACGAGGAAGAUACCCAUGUACCGACGAGAUGUAUUUCCACGUCUGUAUUCCCCGAAACGGGUCCGCCCAAGUCGCUGGUUGCGGGUGGGAAUCAUACACUUGUGCUCUUCCCCGGCGGACGUCUGUAUUCUAGCGGACUAAAUACGUACGGACAGUGUGGAUUGCCUAUAUCGAUGGGGACUUCGUUCUCUAAAUUUCAGCGAGUGCCCCCUCCACCUGACGGUGGCUGUUGGGAUCACGUCUCAGCUGGCUGGGAGUUCUCGAUACUUGUGUCGACUACGGGUGCGAUAUUCGCUUGCGGUUCCGGGACCAAAGGCGAGCUUGGCCUGGGCGACAAUGUCACCAGCUGCGAGCUCACACGCAUGGAGCCCUUCUUGACCGGAGCUGCAAUGAUAGCUUUGAGCUCGGGCAUGGCACACUCGAUCGCCGUCAUGGACAACGGCGAGGUGUGGGGAUGGGGUGCAGGCAGGAAGGGGCAGCUUGGACAUCCAAUGGAGAAGACUGUCGGUAUACCGCGCUGCGUGCAGAUGGGGUAUGCAGUUGCAGCGGCAGGGUGUGGACGUGAGUUCACCUUCGUCAUGAGCGCAACAGGAGCAAGGCAUGCGAUGCUGGGGGGCAAAGGAAGAUUCAGGCUUGAGGAGGACACGCCGGAGCAGGGAGAGAUGCGAGGCUGGAGGCAAGUCGGAGCUGCAUGGGGGAGCGUGUUGGUGCUGAAGGCGGAUGGUACGGUGAAAGGAUGGGGGAGGAACGACAAGGGACAACUUCCACCCAAGGGGCUGCAGGGUGUGCAGGAGAUGGCAGUGGGCAGUGAGCAUGGGCUUGCCGUCGUGGGAGGGAAGGUGGUGACAUGGGGCUGGGGUGAGCAUGGGAACUGUGGUCUCGAUCGCAGCCAGAACGGCGGCGAUGUGAUCGGUGGGGUUCAUGUAGUCGAGGUUCAUGGAACGGCCAAGAGGGUAUGGGCUGGCUGUGCUACGAGCUGGGCGUGGACUGAGUAGAGUAGACCAUCCAAUGUACUGGCACCUAGGCUUUUCUAGCUGCUCUGGCAUGAACUGAUUGCUCUC